AUGGACGCUGCAUCUACCAAGUCCAAGCUCCAGGAGAGAUCUUGGAGGAAAGACCAGUUCCUCAUAUCAACAAACCCCGCUCACUUUCCCAUUCCGACUCUCAUUGACAUCUUUGACAGCAAGUACUUCUACUGGGCCAAGCCAUUGCCAGCACAAGACAUGCGGGAGAUGCUCCAGAAUUCGCUGUCCUUUGGUUUAUACGAGCAACGUGACCAUCAGCCCCCAGAUGACUCUGCAUCAGAGACCACGCUCAUUGGUGUCGCCCGAUGCGUUACCGACUUUAUUACUUUCGUUUAUCUGACAGAUGUCUGGGUUGAUGCAUCAUACCAAGGAAAGUGGCUGGGGAGCUGGUUGGUCACCUGUGUGCAGGAAGUUGUCGAGGAGAUGCCGCAUUUGAGACGGAGCAUGCUCUUCACAGCAGACUGGGGACGGUCUUAG